AUAACCCUUGUGGUGUAGAGAUGGAGAACACUGCAUCAUCGUCUUACAGACCAGCGCCUACAGGAGUGACGACUGUCAUUAAGAGAAACGAUAUCCGCUUCACGAUUUUGUUUGGCGUAAUAGUUCUUGCAUCAUCAUCAGUGGGAUCUGUUAGCUGCGCCGUACAGUCGUAUUGGGAGAUUGAUGAAUCCGGAGAGUGACGUCAUCUACAGUGUUGACGCCUUGUUUACUACAAAGAUCGAUAGUGUUAUCAACUGUGCCGAGUUGUGCAGUUUGCAAUGUUCAUCGUUCAGCUAUACGUACAACACAAAGGAGUGCCGAGGGUACGGGGAUCAUUUGUUAGGACAAGUUUAUCAAAGUAGUACCUCCCUAUGGAAGAGGUCCUGUGGGCGAAUGCAUUAUACGUACGAUCCCGCAUUUGGUACGUGCGUGCGACUGUACACCAUCAAAAAGACUUGGACCAUGGCAUCCGAUGUCUGUAAAAACGAUGGAACCCAUCUCCUCAUAGCCGAUACAAUUACGAAAACACAAGCAUCCAAGAACGGUGUGCACAGUAGCACAUUUCUAACCGCGGGUCGAUGGUGGACUGGCGGAUACGACUAUGAUGAGAGCGCUGCUAACGACUUCAAAUGGGUGAACGGAGUCUCAAUCGACACCGGCAGCAUAUGGCACCCUAAUGAGCCGAGUAGUCACAAAGAGAGAUGUGUUAAUCUUUACCCAGCUUCGGCAUCUUUGAAUGACUUGACUUGUUCGAUUGAAGAAUUCUUCGUUUGUCAGGAGUAUUAGAAAAGUAUUGCGAGUAAGAAGCAACUGAUUUUCAUUUAACACAUAUCCACAUGAGUACGUUUACAAGUGACUAUUAGGGAGAUCAAAAUAUUUAUCAGUUAUAGACUAAUUCAGGAAAAGUUUAGGUUGACCGUCUUUGAAUCCUCGCCACCACCUGAUACAUGGACCUUUCUCCGAAAACUGGUCUCCUCUCCUCUGUUCCAUGGUAUACACCUGUCGAAUCUACAUAUUUCCAAUACAGAUACAGAGAAGUAUGUCUAUACUGUUUGUUUUGUAGUAAAACAAUCUUAAUUAGGUGUUAAGAACGUCAUGGACUAUCAUCCCAGUCCUACCCUCCCAAUGACUCUAGUGGAUGGGGACACGCAGUGAAAUAAGGCUGGGCUGCUAAUGUCCCUCUUGGCUUCUUCACAAGCCAUUUUCCUACUGCUGGAGUCCAAUUUGAUAUUUUCUGUUCGCAGUAGUGUAAGUGCAAUUAAAAAGCGACGACGAAAGUUCUUUGUGAAAUUUAUCGAUCGUUUAUUUUGUUCCAUAAAAUAGUAUUUAUGCAUUGAUGAUAAUAGGGCAUACGCUAUAGAGAAUAUUUACCUCAGAAACAGCGGACGGACCAAAGGUCGCCACCCACGUCCUAACCCCGUCAGCCUAAAUUAGAAUUGACUCCUGAGCAAGAAUGACAAACUUUAUAGUUUUAAAUUUGCCCUCGUGGAUAGAUUGGUUUGGUUUCAUAUUUUGUAUGCUGUUAAAUUGUAUCUACAUCUAUGGUCAUUUAAGGAAGGCCUCUCCGUGUGCGAGUUGCAUACAUGUGGUGUAUAUGUGCGUUUAAGAAGGUUGCAGUAUGUUUGUAUUUGUCGCCUUGUUAUAGCGUGGAACUGAUGAAGACUUUAUAGUGCUAAACCACUGAGUCAUACUUCCGAAGGCACCCAGAAGGACACCCCACCCGGUCACUGUAUACUGACAAAGGGCGAACCAGUCGUCCCGCUCUCAAAAAUGCCAAGUGUUAAGCAGGAACUGUACCAUUCGAUUGACUCUGGUAUGUCUCGUUCAGGGGACAGAAGAAAACACAAAACACAUCUAAAACACCUUUAGCGUAAAAAUCUCUUAACGUUGAAGCCAACGCGGCCUCGCUGAUUAUCGUAUCCAAAUCCGUCCCCCGAUAUUCCAGAGAGUCUUUGAAAAUUCGCAUCGAAUAGUUUAUCAUUUUUCGCUUUUUGUGUGUUUACUGUCUCCACUAAUCUUUCGAUUUCGUCUUCAUUGACGACUACAAAUCUCGACUUUCCCGUACUAGAAUUGCCAUGUCUGUUGUCGGCUGGCAGUGUUGACAUUUGAGUGACUAAGACGCUUGAAAAGGUAGGACUAAAUUCCGACCAUCACAGGUGUUCAAUAGUUCAAUUUGUUACCCGACUCUCUAUUUAAUGUAAUGUAAUGUAAUGAAAUAUUUUCGACUGCCAAUGGAAUAUAGAAGUUAUCAAACUGAUUAUACUUAUA